UUUUUGAAUCUUCAGAGCCACCGUAUGAGUUUACAAACCGGCACUUCGUGUGGGCAUAUACAAAACACAGGCGGUUUGGUACGCUAAUUAUAAAUCCUUUUGAACAAUUAUAAUAAUAAGCAAAAAAUUAGGCAUGUCUGAAAAAGGAGAAGUCGACUUAACUGGGGCUAAGCAGAAUACUGGUGUCUGGCUUGUUAAGGUCCCUAAGUAUCUGUCACAGCAAUGGAACAAAGCAACGGGAAGAGGUGAAGUCGGAAAGCUCAGAAUCGGAAAGAAUCAAGGAAAAGCAGAGGUGUCCUUCACGCUGAACGAGGAUCUGACCACCAUCGACACCAUCGGGGAGAAGCCGACGACCGUGCGCGCCCCCCGGGAGCAUCCGUUCACCAUGCAGACCGUGGGGGGCCAGACCCUGGCCGUGUUCACAGAGUCCUCCUCAGGCCAGUCAGAAGAGAAAUCUGACGGCGGAGUUCCAGACAAAGUAGCCCUGGAGGGAGUGGUGGUGCAGAGGGCCGAAUGCAGACCCGCGGUCAGCGAGAACUACAUGAAAUUAAAAAAACUGCAGAUAGAGGAGUCGUCCAAACCCGUACGCCUGUCGCAGCAGCUGGAUAAAGCGGUCACCACCAACUACAGGCCCGUGUCCAAUCACCACUACAACGUGGAGUACGAGAAGAGGAGGAGGGAGGAAGGCAAGCGCGCGCGAGCUGACAGACAGCAGGUCCUGGACAUGCUUUUCUCUGCCUUUGAGAAACACCAGUAUUACAACAUCAAGGACCUGGUGGACAUUACCAAGCAACCGGUGACGUACCUGAAGGAGAUACUGCGGGACAUCGGCAUCUACAAUGUAAAAGGCACGCACAAAAACACAUGGGAACUGAAGCCGGAGUAUCGGCAUUACCAGGCGGAGGAGAAGAGCGACUAGCCGUGCCCUCGAUUAGCUAGGGCACCGUGCCCUCUGAGGGGCUUGCCCUCAUUGGCACUGCCCCCUCUUCAGUGCCAUGCUAAUUGCUCGCUUUUGUAGCACUGACUGGCAUUUCAAUUUAUUAUUCUGUUUUUUUUUUUUUUUCUUCAACUGUUAAUGAGCUGAUUCCCAUGGCCAGAGACAUUGUGACUGCGAAGGCAGUGCUUUCAGUCCAAACACUUUCUGGCAAUUUCUGAGGGAAAGGAUAGCUGUUCAUCAUUAUCAUCUUUUUUUUUUUUUUUUUUAAAUAAUGUUAAGUACAUAACAAUAACCAUGGUCAGCUAUAAUUAGUUAUUGUGUGUCUGUAAUAAAGGAAGGUAGUGUGAUUUUGGCAUUUAUAUAGAGUGUAUCCAUGUCCAGGAGUACGUAAGACAUUUAUUUGUCAUAUCAUCGAUGUUUUUUUUUGUAUGGUUCUUUAAGGAGACUCACUUUGUAAAGUAACAUGUCCAAUAAAUGUUGUCAUUUGGA